GGUAAGCUCGUGAACUUCUUUGUUCCACCUCAACCUUUAGAAGGAAAUAAAAAGAAAAAGCCAAAGGAAAUUGAGCUUAAAUUGAAGGAGAAAAUACAAUAUCCCAGCUUACGAGUGAUGAUAUUAGCAGCUGUAAAGGAAAUGAAUGUGAAGAAAGGAGCAUCCAUUAUUGCGAUCUUUAAGUACAUCAGUGCUAUAUACAGAUAUGACAUACAGAGAAAUAGACGGCUUCUCAAAAGAACUCUAGAAAAACUGAUUGCAGAACAAGUAGUAGAGCAAGUCAAAGGACAUGGUCUGGCUGGGUCUUUCAAGCUGGGAAAGAAUUACAAGGAACAGAAGAGGCGAGAAAGAACCAAAGAGCAGGUAGCAAGGACUUCAGAAAGCAUUCAGAAGAAGCAGUUGAUUGAUGCUAAAACUGAAACCAAAGAGUCAAGAAAUAGUGAUGUCACUUCUGAAAAUGCCCUUAAAACUCCUUUACGAGUGGAUAUCACCAUGGAAGAACAUGACUACUGUACAACUAGCAAACGUAACAGGAAAUCUGAGGCAUAUGAUGAGAACUCUGUGAAAGAGAAUGAUGAUGAGCAGGAAGCUGUGGUCCCAAAGUCUGCUGAUUUGCAUGGUAACCUCCUUGUCUCCAGUGAUGUGAGCAGUCAUCCCAAUUUUGAUGUUUCUAAAACUACAGCUGAUGUCCAGCAGGAAAUCCCAAAAGAUCAGUCCUCACAUUCCCAAGAACUUGCUGGCAAUAGUGUGCAACAUACCAGUUCUGUAUUUCCAUUUAAUACCUCUGAAUAUCGUUUUGAAUGCAUCUGUGGUGAGCUUGGAUUGGCUGACUAUAAAGCUCGUGUGCAGUGCUUGAAAUGUUACUUAUGGCAGCAUGCAGAAUGUGUAAACUACAAAGAGGAAAACCUGAAGAUCAAGCCUUUCUACUGUCCUCAUUGCCUUGUGGCAAUGAAACCAGUUUCCACAGGAGCAACUCUCAUAAUUUCUCCGAGUUCUAUUUGUCACCAGUGGGUAGAUGAAAUCAACAGGCAUGUAAGAUCAUCUUCUCUUCGAGUUCUGGUGUAUCAAGGUGUGAAGAAGCAUGGCUUUUUGCAGCCGCACAUGUUGGCCGAGCAGGAGGUGGUUAUCACCACAUAUGAUGUCCUCCGCACUGAACUGAACUAUGUGGAUAUACCCCACAGCAACAGUGAAGAUGGGCGCCGUUUCAGGAACCAGAAGCGGUAUAUGGCCAUUCCAAGCCCCUUGGUAGCAGUGGAGUGGUGGAGGAUCUGCCUUGAUGAAGCACAGAUGGUUGAAUGCACUACUGCAAAGGCUGCUGAAAUGGCACUCCGUUUAAGUGGGAUCAAUCGCUGGUGUGUCAGUGGCACUCCUGUGCAGCGAGGAUUAGAAGAUCUGUAUGGAUUAGUCCUUUUUCUUGGAAUUGAUCCUUACUGGGUCAAACAUUGGUGGGACCGACUUUUAUAUCGACCUUAUUGUAGGAAAAAUCCCCAGCCUCUCUACAGUCUAAUUGCCAAGAUAAUGUGGAGAUCAGCAAAGAAGGAUGUGAUUGACCAAAUUCAAAUCCCCCCUCAGACAGAAAAUGUACAUUGGCUUCACUUUUCUCCUGUGGAGAGACACUUCUACCAUCGCCAGCACGAGGUGUGCUGCCAGGAUGCAUUGGCAAAACUCAGGAAGAUUUCAGACUGGACUCUUAAGCUUAGUAGCCUAGAUAGAAGGACUGUGACUUCUAUUCUGUACCCUUUGCUGCGGCUGAGGCAGGCCUGCUGUCAUCCACAAGCUGUUCGGGGAGAGUUCUUGCCAUUACAAAAAAGCACCAUGACCAUGGAGGAACUGCUGACAUCUCUGCAGAAAAAAUGUCGAACAGAGUGUGAGGAAGCUCACCGGCAGUUGGUGUGUGCUCUGAAUGGCUUAGCUGGUAUCCAUAUCAUUAAAGGAGAAUAUGCAUUGGCUGCAGAGCUGUAUAGAGAAGUGUUACGAUCAUCUGAAGAGCACAAAGAAAAGCUUAAAACAGAUUCCUUGCAAAGACUUCAUUCUACACACAAUCUGAUGGAAUUGUUGGCAAAGCACCCAGGAAUUCCUCCGACUUUGCGUGAUAGCCGACUUGCAGAAGAGGCAGAACAACUUCGACAGCAUUAUAUGAGUAAAUCCAAUGCAGAAGUUGCAGAAGCCCAUCAGGCCUUACAGCCAGUUUUUCAGACCAUUCGGGAGCUCCAGAGAAAGAUACAUUCAGGUUCUCCUUGGUGGUUGGAUGUUAUCCAGACAGCAAUACAGUAUGCCAUCGAUGAGGAGCUUGUUCAACGUGUGCAAAAUGAAAUAACAUGCAACUACAAACAGCAGAUUAAUAAACUCUCCAUGGCAGAGAAAUUCCGUGACUGCAGAGGCCUUCAAUACCUGCUCACAACCCAGCUGGAUGAAGUGAAGAAGUUCCAGAAGAUUGUAAGAGAAGCUGUGAAAAACUUAGAAGGCCCACCCUCUAAGCAGGUUAUUGAGGCUGCCACUAUCUGCCAUUUGCGACCUGUUAGACUUCCACUUAACAACUGUGUCUUCUGUAAGGCUGACGAGUUGUUCACAGAAUACGAGUCGAAGCUCUUUUCUCAAACUGUCAAAGGCCAAAUGGCAAUAUUUGAGGAGAUGAUAGAAGAUGAAGAAGGGCUCGUCGAUGACCGUUUACCCACUACAAGCAGAGGACUGUGGGCAACCAGUGAAACUGAACGUGCCUUGAAGGCUAUUCUCUCCUUUGCCAAAGCUCACCGAAUGGAUGCUAAGCUAACUGAAGAAGGCAGCAUAUUUCUGGAACUCUUUGAAGCAUGGAAAAAGGAAUAUAAGUUACUUCAUGAAUAUUGGAUGGUACUUAGGGAUCAUGUCUCUGCUAUUGAUGAACUGGCAAUGGCUACAGAACGGCUAAGAGUACGUCAUCCUGAUGAGCCAAAACCAAAUCCACCAGUUCUCCACAUCAUAGAACCACAUGAGGUAGAGCAAAAUCGAGUGAAACUUUUGAAUGACAAAGCAGUUGCCAAAUCACAGCUUCAAAAGAAAUUAGGACAACUUCUGUAUCUCACUAAUCUGGAGAAAUCUCAGGAUAAAACCACUGGAGGAGUUAACCCUGAACCGUGUCCGAUCUGUGCACGUCAACUGGGAAAACAGUGGGCAGUGCUGACAUGUGGACAUUGUUUUUGUAACGAGUGUACAGCUAUCAUCAUAGAACAGUACAGCGUUGGCACCCGCCGGAGCUCAAUUAAAUGUGCCAUUUGCAGGCAGACAACAUCCCAUAAAGAAAUAUCCUAUGUCUUCACUGCAGAAACGGCAAAUCAGGAAGAUGAUAUUCCUGUAAAGGGAAGUCACUCCACCAAAGUGGAAGCUGUGGUCCGAACACUGAAGAGAAUUCAGUUUAAAGAUCCAGGAGCUAAAUCCUUAGUAUUCUCAACGUGGCAAGAUGUGUUGGACAUAAUUUCAAAAGCUUUGUAUGACAACAAUAUGGUUUUUUCUCAGAUCAAUGGAAUUAGUAAAUUUCAGGAAAAUCUCUCUGCAUUUAAAUAUGAUCCCAACAUCAAUAUUUUGCUGCUGCCUCUUCACACUGGUUCCAAUGGACUCAACAUCAUUGAAGCAACUCACGUUCUGCUUGUGGAACCCAUCCUGAAUCCUGCACAUGAGCUACAGGCUAUUGGCAGAGUACAUCGUAUCGGCCAGACAAAAUCUACCAUUGUUCAUCGGUUCCUGAUAAAAGCAACAAUAGAAGAGAGAAUGCAGACUAUGCUGAAAACAGUAGAUAGAAGCCACACGAGCUCUUCCAUGAAACAGUCAGAAGCCUCAGUUCUGACAGUGGCAGAUUUGGCUGACCUUUUUACAGAGGAAACUGAAGAACUUGAGUAAAAACAUUGGUUUGGCCUAAUGAGAUCAGGAAGUACCUGACCUAAUAAACACUGGUAUAUAACCCACUUGAUCUGUCAUUCCCGUGCACAUCAUCUAAUAUUUGUCCCUAACCAGAGCUA